AUGGCGACCUCAAUACCUCGAGCUUUGCCGUCAAGGCCCGGAUGUCGCUUCCCCCUGACUCUGCGACGUUGUAUUGCCCGUCGAUCAUCCACGCAGAGCGAAAAUUGGGCUGGUCGCCCAUUUGAUGUCGCCAAAGACAAUGUUGCGCAGCUGGCUGCCAGUCCCCGUCGACCUUUGACACUUGCAGACCUACUCAAACAUGGUCGCCCACCAUUGGACAAAGAGGCUCUUCUAGCCUCGGCCAACUUCACUCUCUCCCUACUCCCCGCUCGACUGGCAUCUCGAAUACAAGCAUUACGAAACCUGCCCUUCAUUGUCGUCUCGAAUCCCCAUGUCUCCAAAAUAUACCAUAACUACCUUCAUUCGCUAUCAACCCUCAUACCAUACCAACAGCGCCGCAUCACAACCCUUGAAGAAGAGAACCAAUUCGGAGACGUGCUAGCCGACCUCGUCCAAACCCAUACAAAUACAAUCCCGGUCCUCGCCCGCGGAUUUCUUGAAUGCAGGAAAUACGUCAGCCCCGCCGACGUCACAAGCUUCCUAGACACGCACCUGCGCGCGCGUAUCGGCACACGCCUGAUCGCCGAGCAACAUCUGGCUCUUCACUACGCCUCCCAACCAAUUAAAGAUGACACAUCCGCCGAAUCCAGUGCGCAAGCGCCCAAGAGCUCAAUUCCUCCAAACUAUAUCGGAGUGAUCGACACAGCCCUGCAGCCCGCACGGAUCAUUCGGCAAUGCGAGGAUUUCGUCGGAGAGAUUUGCGAACUCAAGUACGGGGUGCGACCGAGCUUGAAGAUUGGGGGCGAGCCUGAUGCCUCGUUCGCCCAUAUUCCCGUACACAUCGAGUACAUCAUCACGGAGCUCUUGAAAAAUGCAUUCCGGGCGAGCAUUGAGAACGGGAAUGAGCGCGAACCUAUCGAAGUGACUAUUGCUGCGGCGCCAGAUGUGCCCGGCGACCAGCCGCCUAUCUCGGGGGAUAAUGAUAAUGAUACUGCAAUUGAGUUGGACUCGGAGGGUGAUCGGGCCAAUCGGAAUGAAUAUAUUGGUUAUUCGGCUCCGUCUUCGCAGAGUAUCACAAUCCGCAUUCGUGAUCGCGGGGGUGGCAUCCCACCUGAAGUCUUGCCUCAUAUCUGGUCGUACAGUUUUACGACUUUCUCCGAUAUGGAUGUUCAGAACUCAGAGAAUAGAAAUAUGGAUGCUUUGAAUACCAUUUCUGCGAGCGGUGGCCACCUCAGCAGUAUUGCGGGUCUUGGGUAUGGGUUGCCGCUGAGCAGAGCCUAUGCUGAAUACUUUGGAGGCAGUAUUGCUGUGCAAAGCUUGUGGGGAUGGGGAACUGAUGUCUAUUUGACACUUCAGGGAGUUGGAAGAAUUGACUGA